GAAUCCAAGAAGAGAUUUGAUGAAGAUGAAGUAUUUAAGAAGGUGGCUUAUCAAAGAGUUGUGGAUUUACAAGGACGUAAACCUGAUGUUACAAAAGCCUGGAAUCUUAUUUGUGAUGUCUCUAGGCAAGAGUUUGACAAAAUUUACGAGCGACUGGAUGUCACCCUGAUCGAGCGAGGAGAGUCAUUUUAUCAAGAUAUGAUGCCUAAUGUUGUCGCAGAUCUUGAGCGGAAAGGGAGAGUUAUCGAAGAAGAAGGCCGCAAAGUCGUUUUUGUUCAGGGACAUAAGGUACCGCUGACCGUUGUCAAGUCUGACGGUGGAUUCACAUACGAUACAUCUGAUAUGGCGGCCCUGCAGCAGAGAGUACGUGAUGAAAAUGGCGACUGGCUGAUUUACGUCACUGAUGCUGGCCAGGGAGAUCAUUUUAAACUGAUCUUUGGAGCUUCAAGAGAGGCAGGUAUUUAUGAUCCCAAAGUGACCCGAGUGGACCAUGUCGGGUUUGGUGUCGUUCUCGGCGAGGACAAAAAGAAAUUCAAGACCCGUUCCGGAGACACAAUUCGACUUAUUGAUCUGCUUGACGAAGGUCUUAAAAGGUCACUGGAUAAGCUGAAGGACAAGGAACGAGACAAGGUUCUGACCCCCGAAGAGUUAAAGGCUGCCCAGGAAGCUGUAGCUUAUGGCUGCGUUAAAUAUGCAGAUCUUUCACACAACAGGGUCAAUGAUUAUGUGUUUUCAUUCGAUAAGAUGUUGGACGAUAAAGGAAACACAGCAGUUUAUCUUCUGUACGCGUACACUCGGAUAAGAUCCAUCAUGCGCACGGCCAAUAUUGACCGCAAGAGUCUGGAGUCUUGUUUAAACAACAUAGAGAUUUCUCUGGACCAUCCGAAAGAGUGGAAACUCGGCAAGUGUAUCAUUCGCUUUCCCGAGAUCCUUAGCCGCGUUCUGGACGACUUGAUGAUGCAUACGCUAUGCGAAUUCAUGUAUGAAAUGGCCACCACUCUCACAGAGUUCUACGACAACUGCUACUGCGUGGAAAAGGACCGGAAAACGGGCGAGGUCAUCAAGGUGGACAUGGGACGCCUGCUUCUUCUCGAGGCCACCGCGCGCGUCAUGGAGACUGCGUUUUACAUUCUGGGAAUUAAACCGGUCACGAAAAUGUGAACAUGCCGUUAACAGACCAUUUAAGCUCACAACAGUGUUAUCUAAAGUUAUAACCCACCCAUUAUUUUUGGCGCGAUUUUAUUGGUUACUUUACGUCACGGGGUGCAAAAUCACAGGACAGU